ACCUACGUUCAUUCACUUCAUUCAUUUAUUAGAAUGUGUGAUAUCUUCGUGCAUUUUGCUUUUAUUUAAUUUAUUCAAUUGCUAAUUGAAUUAGGUGUAGAUAUGGAGAUGAAGCAUCUUAGCCACAAUUAUUCGUCAUUUUUACUGCUGAUUCGUAAAUCAUAAGCAGUGCAGUGUCCAAGAAAGGGCUAAAGGAGCUUUUUCAUUAUGAUGACGUCAGAGGAAUCAGAUCCUCUAAGUACUGUACCUUCAGACAGCCAUGCUGAAGAAAUGUCAGCCUCGGGGACGGAGGAAGCGCCUUCAUCGAUGGUGUCAAGCGAAGCGGAGUCUGAGGGCAGCAUACUGUCGGAGCCGCCGCGGGCGGAGCACGCCGAGCACGCGAUGAGCCGCAGCUGCGACGGCGUGCUGCCCGAGCACCAGGCGACGGCCGACAAGCCGCCGGCGCCGGCGCCCGUGCCCGUGCCCAGCGACUGGCGCAGUGUCGGCAACACGGUCUCCUCAUUAGUCUCCACCAGAGGUUCUAUGCUACCGUGGGGCUCCCAUAAGGGCCCAGUGAUGCUGCCUCCAGACUCAGAUCUCAGACCCGGAGAGUUUGUUAUGAGACUGCUGUUUACAGAGUUCACAGUCCAAGCGGAACGAAAGAUGGAAGCUGUCAUGGCCGAACCACUAGAAAAACCAUUGAACAAAACACUGCAGCGUGGCGAAGAUCCACAGCUGGAUCAAAUAUUAUGCGCCUUUGGAACCGUCGCCGAACACUGCUUGCCAUCUCUCCUGCGCGCCUUAUUCGGCUGGCUGGAAAGGCAGAUGGCUGACUCUCCUCAACUUAGCGAGCAAUCAAAGAAACCGCACCAGGAUCUAAGAAAUAAAAGUAUUAUCUACAUCGUGUCGGGCAGCGGAGCGGGCACGGAGGCGGUGGAGCGCAGCUGCGAGGAGCUGCAGGCGGAGAGGCGAGACCUCGCCGUCGAGUUCCUCUUCUGCCUCGCUCUGAUCGAGGUGUUAAAACAGCUGCCUUUUCAUCCAGGCCAUGAAGAGUUGGUCCAAUACAUUGAAAAUGUAGCUUUUAAGCGUUUCAAUUAUAAAGAAGGGUUGCAAUCAAACCCGAAUGCCGCUAAUGUGCACAUAAUAGCAGAUCUCUAUGCGGAAGUAAUCGGAGUUCUAGCGCAAUCUCGAUUUGCUUCAGUCAAGAAGCGUUUCACUGCGGAACUUAAGGAUUUGAAAUGUCGCGAGCCUUCGCCGCAUACGACACAAAGUAUUAUAUCCCUUUUGAUGGGUAUGAAGUUCUUCCGCGUGAAGAUGGUGCCCAUCGAGGAGUUCGAGGCGUCGUUCCAAUUCCUGCAGGAGUGCGCGCAGUACUUCCUCGAAGUCAAAGACAAGGACAUCAGGCACGCUCUAGCGGGCUUGUUUGUCGAGAUCCUAGUUCCGGUCGCUGCCACGGUGAAGAACGAGGUGAACGUGCCAUGCCUAAAGAACUUCGUCGAGAUGCUAUACAGCCACACGCUGGACGCCAGCACCAAGUCCAAGCACCGGCUCGCGCUGUUCCCGCUCGUCACGUGCCUGCUCUGCGUCUCGCAAAAACAAUUCUUCCUCGCGAACUGGCACUGCUUCCUUGCCAUGUGCCUGUCGCAUUUGAAGAACAGAGAUCCCAAGAUGUGCAGGGUGGCCUUAGAAUCUUUAUAUCGCUUACUAUGGGUUUACAUGAUAAGGAUAAAAUGCGAAAGCAACUCCGCGACGCAAUCUCGACUCCAAAGUAUAGUCAACUCACUGUUCCCCAAAGGCUCGAAGGGCGUAGUACCACGUGAUACUCCUUUAAAUAUCUUCGUCAAGAUUAUACAAUUCAUAGCGCAGGAGCGAUUAGACUUUGCUAUGAGAGAGAUCGUCUUUGAUCUCCUUAUGGUCGGUAGACCUAUUAAAAUAAUAAUGACCCCGGAAAGAAUGUCCAUCGGUCUACGUGCGUUUCUCGUCGUGGCAGACAGCCUCCAGCAGAAGGAAGGGGAGCCGCCCAUGCCGCGGACGUCGGGGACGCUGCCCUCGGGAAAUACUCUUCGCGUCAAAAAGACGUUUCUCAAUAAAAUGUUGACUGACGAAACCGCGCGAUCUAUUGGGAUGAGCGCAUACUUCCCGUACGUCAGACGAGUCUUAGUAGAGAUCUUGAGAGCUUUAGACGCUCAUUAUGGAAGGCCGCUAAUGUUAACUAAUACUCAAAACGUGACGAAGGAGCAGGAAAUUAAUACUGGCGAAAGAAAACCUAGGAUUGACUUGUUUAGAACAUGUGUUGCUGCUAUCCCAAGACUGAUUCCCGAAGGCAUGAGCUCGAGCGAGCUGGUAGACCUGCUGUGCCGGCUGACCGUGCACAUGGACGAGGAGCUGCGAGGCCUCUCCUUCCAGAGUCUGCAGACCCUGAUCGUGGACUUCCCCGAGUGGCGGCAGGACGUGCUGGCGGGAUUCACGCAGUUCCUUGCGAAAGAAGUCCAGGACACGUCGCCGCAACUUGUGGAGAAUGGUCUUCGCAUGCUGCUGCAGCUGAUCACGAGCUGGAAGAACGGCGAGCCGGCGCCGGCGCCCGCCGCGCCCGCCGCGCCCGCCGCGCCCAAGCCGGAGCCGCUGGCCGCCGUCGUGCGCGGCGCGGAGGCGCUCGCGCUGGUCAUGCUGUGCCAGUGCAAGGCGUAUCCGCGCCGGCUGGCCGUGCACAUACUGAGGGAAACGAAGAGUCUCCUGGAGAAGCUCGGUCUGACGGCGGAGGAGUGUGCGCUGAUCGAGGCGGCGGACGCGCACGUGCCGGCGCUGGCGGAGCGCUGCCUGCCGCUGCUACCGCCCGCCGAGAAGCAGGCGCUGCUCGCCGCCGGCCAGCCCGACCUCGUGUGCGUCGCCGAGCGCAGCCAUGCUGUGUGGACCGCGGGUAUUCAACAUGACGAUACAUCAACUAAAAACAGUUGGAGUGGCAGUGCCUCAAACGGGGCAGAUCCUUGGGAGAUGAUCCUGUUCGGUCUGCUGGAGCGCAGCCGCGUCCCCUCCCGCUGCCCCGCCACCGUGCUGCACGCGUGGCCCAUACUGCACGCCCGCAUACAAGCGUUAUACACGAUCAUAGAGCCUGCGCCCGUAAACGAUAAUCGCGCGUCACUUUUGUCAAGAAGCCCAGCUCUACCGAGAAAGCCAGAAAAGGAGAGGGACGGAUAUAUGCAGGUGUGGAAGUACUACAUGACGAUGGCGUAUCUGGUGGUGCCGGCCGCGCCCAGCCCCGUGGUGCGCUGCGCCAGCCCCGACCUCAGUCUCAGCUCAUCGCCGGACUCGCUGAGCGAGCGCAGCGGCGGCGAGGCGCGCGGCGCGACGGCGCCAGCCGCGCUGCACAAGCUGGCGGUGCCGCUGGCGCGCUGCGAGGUGCCCGAGGUGCGCGACGCCGCCAUCGCCGCCUGCGGCAACAUCAACCCAGACGCGCUCAAGGACCUAAUGGAGGAGCUAGUGCCUCUCUUGAGGGAGGCCGUGGACCGCAAGCAGGAGAACAUGCGGCGGCGCAGGCGGCGCGACGCGCUGCGACUCAACCUCAACAAGAUGCUGCUCCUCAUCGCUCAACGCAAGACCUUCGCUAACAGUCCAUUCGCGCUAGAACGAGGCAGCUUGCACUCGUCGCUAACAGAGUACCUGGACGGCGUGCGCCAGUGCUUGGAGGUGGAGGCCGAGAAGGAUGCUCCGGCGGCCAGGGAGCAACGACUCACUUUCGCAGACUUCGUCACAGAACUCAUCAAAAGUUUUCCACUGCACAUGUAUGGAUCAUUAAUGAAGAAGGACCUGUGCCGUAGUUUAUUUUCACUCUUCUCCGGUUGGUGCGGACCGCUCGCCAAACAUUUAGGUGCCCUUGUUCCUCAACCACCUACUCAAGAAAACGAUGAACGACUCAAUCUAUCCGCCUUGAAGGCAAUGAGUGCACUGGUUUGCUGCGGCUCAUGUUUCGCACCGAACGCCUUGGCCGAAGACGGCUCGCUCUACCCCUGGCUGAGCGAGAUGCUUUCUUCCACUAACGACAAGAUGUACGAACUGGCCCGCGAAACGAUAGUGUUUCUUCUAGACUGCAACCCCGAUAUCGGUCCUCUGCUUGACUGGACGGUGGACAAGUGCUUCACCGGGCCGCCGCGCGUCGCGGACGGCUGUUUCAUGGCGCUUGCUACCAUAUUCAGUGCCAGAGAGUACCCGUGCGACCACUACACGGCGAUCAUCAACGUGACGCUGAUGUGCACGGGCUGCCCGCGCGCGCCGGUGCACGAGAGCGCACUGCAGCUGCUGCAACUGCUCGACAAGCGCUUCUUCGGCACGGUGGGCCCGCUGCCUGCGGCUGACCCGGACAAUGGAUCGGAGAAGGGGCGAGGGACCCUGGACGCGCUUCUGUGCACCACCUAUUGCCGCUCCCAGUUGUACCUCUCACGGCAGCUGGCACAGUUGCACCCCGAGCUCACCAUGCCUAUGUUCUCAGAAAUUACGGAACGCUUCCAAACGGCCCGCACUGAGGUGCGGCAGCUGCUGCUGCAGUACCUGCUGCCGUGGCUCGUCAACAUCGAGCUCGUCGACCCCAACGUGCCGCCGGCCAACCCACUAUCAUACAUUCAGUAUUACACGUCAGAAGCUGGGCGGAGUGGGCGGCGCGAGGGCCUCGGCUCCGCUGAGGCGACGGAGAUGGUUCUCAAUAACUUGUUUUACAUCACAGCGAAAUUCUCCGAUCAACAUCCGAAAGAAAUUGAGGAGCUGUGGUCAACGCUAUGCGCCUGUUGGCCCAACAAUCUCAAAGUCAUAAUACGUUACCUUAUUAUAGUAUCGGGAAUGGCGCCUAACGAACUGUUGCCUUAUGCUAAGCGCGUAGUACUGUAUCUCGCGCGCUCGCGGCCUGAACGACUCCUGGAUGAGAUGAUGACUGAACUGCAGACUGUGGAGACGCUGAACUGCCUGAUCGAGCGCACAGAGACACCGCCCUUCUACAGGCUCACCUCCAUGAGAAAGGCAACCUCGGGACACAGCGACGGCCCCGGCACCGGCUCACAGGACGCUACAGGUCGGACGGGAGAGCUAGCGCCCGUAGAAAAGGGAACGAUUCACACAAAGAGACACAGCGGCGAAGACCCCGCUAAGGCGAGUGGCGGCAAAGCUGUUGAGGCGGUAGCCCGCGACAGCCGUGCGGCGGAGAAACGCGCUUCGGCGCCGCCGUGCGCCUCGCCGCCCGCCGAGGCCGAGCCUUCACCCUCCGACGGCGAUGCCACUCCGACGGGCCUGUGCCCCGAGCUGGGCAUGGGUGGCACGCCAGCGGGCAGCGCACCGACCACGCCGCAAGAGCCGCGCAUGGACGUGCCGCAGCCGCGGCCGCUGCCCAUGCCGGAGUAUGGCGGGUUUUUCGCGCGCCUCACCGAGUACCUGCCUGACAGCAGCCAGCCUAUCUCGGGAUUUCACCGAUGUAACGUGGCGGUAAUGCUGCUGUGCGACGUGGUGCUGGACGGCGUGGAGCUGGACUGGUCCAUUCACGUGCCGCUCAUGCUGCACAUCGUCUUCCUCGGCAUGGACCACACCAGGUGGAUAGUUCACCAGCAUUGCCGGCAAUUGCUGCUAAAUUUGCUAGUGGCGGUGGCAGCGCACCACGACCACUUGACCGUGGCGAGAGUCUUGCUGGCCAGCCGCUCGGCGCAGCUCGGCCUGGGCAUACCGCCCGCCUUACCCCUGGUACCUCACAACUUCACAGAACCGGAUGCCGUAUUCGACAGCUAUUUACAAUGCAACGGACACUCGCCUCGGCCGCACCAACCAUUAUCCUUUAACUCGGACCCACAAGUCACGCCUGAAGGUGAAGGCGACCACUACCCGUCGCUGCCGGUGAUCGUGACCGAGGGCGAGGGCGAGGUGGAGGGCGAGACGGCGGAUCCGGAGCCCGCGGAGCUACCCGUGGCCGACGUCAUCAAGUCGCUCGUGCACUUCCUCGCCAACCGCCCCACGCACAUGCCGCUCUGGCAGUACGAGGACAUCACUGCCAAAGUGUGGAGCCUGCGCAGCUGCCAGCAGAUGGCGAUGCUGGUGCGACACGUGCUGCGCGUAUUCCGCGAGUCGCUGCCGCUGGCGCUGGUGUCGGAGCGCUGGGCGCAGACCGCGCUGCAGCUCGGCCUCUCCUGCCCUUCCCGCCACUACGCAGGCCGCUCGCUGCAGGUGUUCCGGUUCAUUGGCGUGGCCAUGACCGGGCGCAUGGUGUCGGACAUCCUGUCGCGGCUGGUGGAGACGGUGGCGGAGCAGGGCGAGGACAUGCAGGGCUACGUCACCGAGCUGUUGCUCACGCUCGAGGCCGCCGUGGACUCGCUCGAGUCCAACUUCAGGCCGCUCGAUUACAUGCGCGACAUAUUCAAGUCCACGCCCAAUCUCAACAACAAGGACGGCGGCCAACCGGCCAACGGUGGAGCGUUCUCGGCUGGUAAGCGGUCCCCCGGCGUGUGCGUGGGCUGCGUCAGCAACCACACGCGCAGCACCAGCUACUCCGUGUCCUACUGCGUGCGCAAGAACGCGCCGCCCUCCAGCGCCGACAAGCAGACGCACGAGACCCGGACUAGGCCCUGCAGCGAAGCAGCAAAGGGUAUCUGCUCCAACUUGUGUCGCUCCAGAUCGGCGCAGUCACUCAAACUGUUAGGCGACAGUGCCACCCAGGAUGACAAGCUGACGAUCCUAGCGACGCUGUUCUGGGUGGGCGCGUCGCUGCUGGAGUCGGACUACGAGCACGAGUUCCUGCUGGGCGUGCGGCUGCUGGCGCGAGUGAUGGCGCGCCUGCCGCUGGACCGGCCCGACGCGCGCGACCGCCUCGACCGCACGCAGGCGCACACCUCGCCCUCGCUGCACUCGCUGCUGCUCAAGGGUUGCACGCACCCCAACACAUACGAGCCUGUGGUGGGCGUGCUGGCGGACAUGAUCCCGCUGCUGGAGCUGCCGGUCAUCGACCCUACGCAGUCGCUGGCCUUCCCCAUGACCGUGGUGGCGCUGCUUCCCUACAUGCUGCUGCACUACGAGGACGCCAACGAGCUGUGCGUGCGCGCCGCCUGUCACAUCGCACAAUUCACAGCCGAGAAGAGCAAGAAACUGGAGAACCUCGGAACGGUGAUGACGCUGUACUCGCGACGCACGUUCAGUAAGGAGAGCUUCCAGUGGACCAAGUGCGUCGUCAAGUACUUGUGGGACACCUACUCGCAUCUCUCUCUGCAAAUGCUCGCCUUCCUCGUCGAGGUGCUGGAGAAGGGGUCGGCGAGCCUGCAGCUGCCGAUCCUGGCGGUGCUGCACUGCAUGCUGUACUACGUGGAGCUGAACGCGCCCGCCGCGCAGCCCGUCAACGCCGACCUGCUGCGCGUCGUCGCCAAGUUCAUCGACGAUGGAAAUAACUAUAAAGAAGCAAUGAAAAUCCUGAAGCUUGUGGUGACCAGAUGUUCAACGUUAGUUGUGCCUCCGUAUUGGGACAGCCACGCAUCUUCCAUUCUUGACACGGAGCUGCAUGGGAAAAAGGAACUCCCCGGCCGAACAAUGGAUUUCACAUUCGACCUGAGUCAGACGCCGGUUAUAGGGCGAAAGUAUCUGCCCAAAGCGGGCAGCCAGCCCGCCACCGGGCCCAGUUCGCUGUCCAACGCUUCCACCGUCACAACCGACAAAGGUUCGUCGAGUUCGGCGUCGGGUUCGGCGUCCACGGUGGUGGGCCCGGAGCCGGCACCGGCGGCGGCGGCGGCGGCGGCGGCGGCGGCGGCGGCGGGGGCGGGGGCGGGGGCGGGGGCGGCGGGCGCCGCGCAGCCCGCCAGCGUUGCGUCGCCGCGCCGCUCGCUCUCGCUGUCGCCCGCCGACGCGCUCGCCUCCGGAUGGAAGAGACCGUGGAUGUCGCAGAGUCGAGUCCGAGAGUGUCUUGUAAAUCUUCUAACGACAUGUGGCCAGAGAGUCGGCCUUCCCAAGAGUCCAUCUGACGAUUUACUUACCACUUUAUGUUCGAAGGUGAUAUUCAGCCAAAGCUCGGAGCUGCUGGAGCGCGAGUCGUCGAUGGCGUCGUCGCUGGAAGAGGUGUCGGGCGCGGUGGGCAACGAGCCCUCCGGCGGCGCGCCGCCCACCGACCACUUCGGCGUCUUUAAGGACUUCGACUUCCUCGAAUACGAGAGCGAAAGCAUCGAGGGUGAGAGCUCGGACAACUUCAACUGGGGCGUGCGGCGGCGGCUGCUGAGCGAGGAGCGCGACGAGGGCGCCGCGGCCGAGCGCAGCCCGCCGCAGCCACCGCGCGCCGCCGGACAUACAAGCGCGGCGCCGCCAAAGCUGAGCGGACACGAGGACUCGUCGGACGAAGAGGGCGGGUGGGAGGAGGGGACGGCAGGGCGCGGCGGCGACGGCGACUCGGGCGGCGGCGAGCUGGUGCUGAGGCCGCGCACGCACUCCUUCUCCAGCGCGUCGAGCGGGGAGCCUGACGGCGACCGCGGCGACGUGACGCCGGUGCCGGGCGCCAGCGCUAGCGCAAGCGCGAGCAGCGGCGGCGCGGUGCGCGACGCGUGGCGCGCCUCCGUCGCCGCGCUGCUACGCCACGCGCAGCACAUGCAACCCAUGGCGCUAGUGCACCGCCUGCACACCGUGCUCAAGGAGGUGACGAUGAAGACCGUGUCGCUGUGCGGUGAAUGCGGCGGCGGCGCUUGGGGCGCUUGGGGCGGCGGCGAGCUGGGCGCCGUGCUGGAGCGGCUGGCAGGCGAGGAGCCGCCGCUGCUGUGGGUCGCGCCCGCCGCCGCCGACUGCGCCCGGGUGCGCGACGCCGUGCGCUUCGCCGCGCUAGAGAUCAACGAACAUCUAGAGACAUACUUCGACAGGCGGGAGCAUGCGUUAGAGGCAAUGGAGGUGUGGCGCGGCAGUCCGCACGAGGAGGUGGUGCGCAGCCUGUACAAGCUGAUCUUCCAGCUGCUGCUGCUGCUAGAGACCAACAACAAGAUGGUGGUCGCCGUCUACCACGCCGCGCUCGACAACCGGGGCGUGGAGAUGAGCAGCGCCGUGAUGGCGGUGCGCGCGGCGCUGGCGGCGGGAGGCGGCGGCGGCGGCGGCGGGGGCGGGGGCGGGGGCGGCGGCGCACUCGACGCCUGGCCCGACCACGCGCCCGCGCACGACGACGCGCGCCUGCUGCACCUCAUGCAGCGGCAGAGAUGGAGCGCGGCGCUGGCGGUGGCCCGCGAGCGCAACGCGGAGCGCAUCUUGGAGCGCGGCGAGCUGCCCGAGGACGACGCCACCAGUCUGCUGCACGUCUACUGCAAGCACCUCGCGCUCACCCACCCCGACAUGGUGGUGAUCACGCGGCCCGUGAGCGAGCUGUCGCAGAACCUGUCCUUCAUGAUGGAGAGCCUCUACAAGGUGUCGGUGGCCCUGCAGCGACACGACUUCGGCUAGCCUGCACUCACACCAAAGCGUCUAGAUAUAUCUACUACUACGACAGCUAUACAUACGCCUUCAAAUAAUCCUUUAGCUAAUUAAAAUACCAAACAAAAUAUUCUCACUCGCCCUAAUUUUAAAUCAGACAAAAUGUUCAUUAUUGAGCUGACAAAAGAAUAUUUAAUAGUAAAUUAUUAAAUUUGACUAGGUUUCUUUUAUAGAAAGCGCCGUUAAUGUUCCCAAUUCACAAUGACAAUAUUUGAAGCACUUUAUAUAUGUCAGGGAUUGUAAGGAUGGACGAUGUCAGGAUGUAUCAUAAUCUGUUAUAGUUAGAUCAGACUAAUUUUACGAGUACCACAACGUUUUUUAUAAGCUUUCAGCAUGUUCUAAAGGGUUUUUAAAGGGUCGGCAACGCGCAUGUAAUAUCUCUGGUGUUGCAGGCGUCCAUAAGCUACGGUGACUGCUUACCAUCAGGCGGGCCGUAUGCUUGUUUGCCACCGUCGUGAUAUAAAAAAAAUGUUCUAGUUAAUUUCCUAAGUCUGCCCUGGGAGUGUAAUACUAUCCAGUCGUCGUCUAUUGUUCCUUCAGUACAUAGGAUUUUUAGGGUUUCGUACCAUAAAGGUAAAAACCCCUUAUGGUUAUGCUGUGACUCUGUCCGUCCGUCUGUCUGUCACGUCGCUAAAUAUCUUGAGAACUAUUUACGCUAUUAAUUUGAAAUUUUAAAUAGGUUUGAACAAGGCUAACCCAUGCACAAAGUAUUAUUUUUUUAUUGUUAAGGAAAAUGUCUAAUGUGAGGGGGGUUUUCAAAACACAUUCCAAAAUAAUUUAUGUUUAUUUACAGUGAAAAAAAAAAGAUUUAUGGAGAAAAAUUAAAAAAAUAUCAUUCCUUCUCCCAUCUCUUAAUCUCUGAAGUUUUUUUUAUUUUUAUUAGCCUGGUUUAGUGUCCCACUGCUGGGCAAAGGCCUGAAGUUUACCAAAGGAAAAUUAUGAAUUUUUACAUAAAUACAACAAACAAUAUCUACCACCCUACCACCGAGUAAACCGUGACGUCACAAACGGACGCGAGGCGUUAUGGCGCGAUGUUUUAAGUAGCUAUAAAAAAUUCAAUUAUUUAUGUUAAAACUUGACACUGAAAUAAUUGUUUUUCGGAACCAAUACAAGUGUACCGACAAUAUUAAAAGGGAUUUCAAAAUUUGUCAUCAUGCCUAUUCUGUAGUAACUUCUAAUUUAGACAGAUAUCUGUUAUAUCUUAACUUUUACGUUACUUAAUUACCUGGAAUAGGUCAAAUGUUUGAAUAACCAGUGUUUCAUAUAUUCUACCUACAUUAUAGGUAAAUGUUUGAAUAACCAGUGCUUCAUAUAUUCUAUUCUACCUACAUUAUAGGUACUUAUUGGUAAAUUUUGAAAUUUUCGGUACGGGUUUCCUGCCAACCAGUGAUUGGCCGAAGCGUUUUAAUACACCCUUCUUUAUUGGUGUUACCAAAGAGAAUUGAUUGUAAUAGAGAGGUAAAGUCUAAGAACAAAACGUGGCCCUUAGUUUGACAUCCAAAACAGAUGGCGCUGUACUGUACUGCGCCCUAUACUGUUUUGCGGUCACUGAUUUGUCAAACGUCAACUUUUGACAAUCAGAGUUACCGCAAAAUUUAUGGAGCUGUACAGCGCCAUCUCGUUUACCUGUCAAAUGCGAGGCAUGUAAUUGUCUUAGAUUUUACGCAUCUUACCUACUCAAUCAAUAUCUUUGGUGUUACUCAGAGACUCGUUCAAUUUUAUUUGUAACUCCUAGUUGUCACAAAAUAUAUCCAACUAAGCUUGCCUGUCCUAGCUCGGGCUCUACGUGUAGGUACGUACCGCACUGUCCGCAGUACGAUUAAAAUACGCUUCAAUUAUUCUUAUUCCCGAAUAUGUAUAAUGAUAAUCGUUUUUCCUUACCCUGUUAGUAGGGUAAGUAAGCGCCUUGAGCAUGCACUUUUGUCUCAGGCGAUGCCGCUUGAAUCACUUUUUUUGUAUGGAAACAUAUAAUUAUUAUUUGAUACAUGAAUUCCUCGUCCCUAAAUUAUACGAAAAUGAUAUAUAACUUGCCCUAGAUGCUAAGAGCAGCAAGAAAUAUAGCAUAGAUUGGACCUGGGGAGUCGACCCCUCCCCCCCUCUUUUUGGGGGGGUAGGCACGGUACGAUCUCGUGGCUACCGGGCCAAAUUAGCUUUGUUUGACCUAAGGAACAAUCGUGCCAAGCGGCAUCGGCAUCGCCUGAGACUAAAGUGCAUGCUGUUCCAUACAUAUGGUGUCACUACUUACCCUACUACUGUCUGCUAUUAUGACAAUUGUUUAUAUGAAAGAGACUAAAUUUAUCAGCGGAACACCUAAGGAUGUUAUUGUCUAGCUCCCAACGUUAGAUUGCUAAGGCGCCCAAUUCAAGUUGCGUGAGUGGUAAUUUAAUGUAUGAAAAACAAAAUGGUCACUAAACCAGUACAUAAUACUAAUUUAAUGCAUGUAUUACACCGGGCGGUUAAUGCGGUAAUUGACUGAUCUCACAAGACAUUGUAUGUACAAUAUGCAUGUUUGUACCUAAGAAGAAGUACACUAUAUGGUUUCGUGUUUACAUGUAACGCUAGCUGCCUUCGAUGAUGACUAGAAAAUAAAUUUGGCCAUUUGAUUUAUUUAUUGCGAUAUUAGCCUGCGUCGUUUACGUAUACGUAAUUAGCAUAUUGUCAUAAAUUGUUAAUCUUUGACUAGCCCGUACCGGGUCGACCUACGCGAUGUAAACAUACUUUGCGAAGAGUCAUUAAAUACAUAGCGAUUUUGUUAUCUGGCCAUGCUCUGAGGAUCAUACUGAACAACUUUUACUAUGGGGCGAAACCCGAACACAAAAAAAAUCUGCUGUCUCGUACGUUUCGACGAAUCACGUGUAAUUUUUUUCUAUAGAACAGCAGAUUUUCGCGAUUUCGGGGUUGGCUCUCAAACAAAACAAAAUCAACCUGUAUAGAAAAUUUGUAAAGUGUAAUAAAAGUCUUGCUUAGUAUUUCACAGUUCACGUAGAUGGCGUUGUAACGCUGUACAGCUCCAUACAUUAUGCGGUAAUUCUAUUCAACCAUUACCACAAAACAAUGGCGCCGUACAUCAAGAUCAACUUCAGUUGUCAAACUUGGGGGCACAUUUCCACGUCUUCUACAAUCUACAAUAAGUCUUUAACCCUUUUCCAGGCAUAGUACGAUUUAUUGACCAUAUACAUGUCAAUUUAAUUUCAACCUUAGCAAUCCGAUUUAGGUUUCAAAUUAGAUUGGUCUUUCGGGAAUUUUGACUCUUCAAAUUAAUCACCAAAACUUAACUAUUUGGAAUAUAUUUGGAUUUUUUGGGAAAACCUUCUAGAUUGAAACCUGUAGAUUAGUACGACCUGGAAAAGGGUUAACUCUAGUAAAACAGCAAAUUUAAUGUUACAACUGAGGAGUUCUAUGUGUAUGUGACUAGACACGACUUGGAACGAUAUUUGUCUUGGGUAAAAUGGGUUAGUCCUCGUAUAAUCUAUUGUUUUCUAUCUCGCCUCACCGAAAGUUAACUCUGCGUUGUACCCUUGUGCGAGAUUGGUGGUGCGUUCGCUAUUCGGCCCGCACGAAAAUACCCAGUAAGAUCUCAAACAGAUAUAGCGCUUAUAUAAACCGUCGGCCAUGUCAAGUUACGGGACACGGUCGACUGUAGGAGAAGUACGGACAAAAUGACAGGGUGUUUUGUUUUUGAAUCAUCUCUUUAUAAAAAGUAAUUAUAUUAGGAUUUAGUUAUUAAUACUCAUCAUUGGUUCAUUGACUAACAUUAACACGGCCUUUUAAUUGAAUAGAAACCAUCUAUUCAAAUAUAUAUUCUGAAAAAUACACAGGCAUGACAAAAACCAUUUUGUCUAUACUAUAGUAUGGAUAUGCACACCAAGUAUGGACAUUAGGCAUACUAAAAUUAUAAGAAGUUCCCAUAAAAAAAAUUGGUCUUCGUUUAAACAUUAGCACAUGCAGCACGAGCCCAACCAAUGCAGCAUUCACCAGACUUAGAACGGAAUUAAAAGGCAUUGAAAUUAAUAUAUGGACAUGUGUCGUCAUCAUCUGUAUGAAAUAACCUGUCGUUUUGUCCAAUGUCAUUUUGUCCAAAUGUAAACAAGACUCAUUAAAAAUUAUAUUUAAUUAAAAUAAGUGUGCAUUCUAUUAAAAUUAACACAAAUCACUAGUUAAUAUCAUUGGUCCCCACUUUUAGUAAAAAUAAUCACAAAUUACUAAAGUCUGUUUUUUCAUUCCGUAGACUAAAAUGACGUUUCAUGUGUAUGAGAUGACAUUUCUUAGUACCACAUGAAAUGUCAAUUUAGUCUACGGAAUAAAAAACAGAAUAUACACACAAUUCUCAUGGAAACUGAUGUAUAAAAUAAACUUUUAUGGGCACCAAAAACGUUUACACUCAUUACUUCCAUGUGACUGGGCCUCGGAGGAAUUAGUACUGGAGUUCGCAUCGCUACAUCUUUCCUAACAAAAAAAUCUCCCGUUUUUCGAGGGGGACGAGGUAGCAGACAUAAAGAUACCAACUACAAAUGCAUCUUUUCCCCUCGUUACUACGCACCCAUACUAAAACAAUACUACAACACUAAGUUAAAUCAGCACACUAAUGCAGUAAAAACUAUAUGCGGACACAUUUUCACACUAUCAGUGUAGGCGUAAUCGAAUUAUUUAUUGAAAUAAUUGUUGCUAUAAACUAAAAAAAAGGUGGAUCUAAAAAGGGUACCUAAACUAACUCAGUGGAAAAGCCGAAACAUGAACAUCGAAAGUCGAAAAUUUCGAGCAACUACUCGUAUCUCUACCCUCUCGUAUCUAAAACCCAAAACAGAUUAGGAAAGAAAAUUAAACGAUUAAUAACGAUUAUCGUUCCAAAAACUUGUCAUUUAACUGUACAGCGAAUAAAAUAAUUUAAAUAAGUUAAUGUGACGUCACAAAGUUUGUGACUCCCCCCUCCCCCUUGUUACAACAUGUCACAUUUUCCUGACCCCCUCUCCCCCCCUAAACGUGUGAUGUAAUUAAUGGAUGACCCCUUAUUACACUUAUACAGGAUAGCCUUCGGACGCAUAUUUGGGUGAUGCUCAUAAAACUGCAAAAUAUAUAUUUCAAUUAAAUAGGGAUGAUGACACAUGUUGAAUUUUAUAACAAAAUCUAGUAAAAUAGAUAGCAAAUGAGCAAUUUAUCACAAUAAUGUGGAUAUUAAAAUAAUACAUGGAAAUGAUAAAAAAAUGCAGGAUCUAAAAGUUUCAAAUUUUAUAGUUUUUUUUUAACUUCCAAUUAAGGAAUAAAGUAAAGAUACCAUUCGAUUCGUUGCAUUUUAUCCAAAAAAAGAUUGUACAGAAACUAUAUAAACGCAAUAUUUCACCUACAAAAUCGCAAUUUUACUUAUUUUCCAUUCCUCAACCCACCAAAGGAGCGGCAGCUGACGUUCAUGAGGGUUCAUCAUACAUAGCCGUUAACCGCCAUACGAAUUUUCGUCCGGGAGGCCUGGCUCGCGGUCUAUCUCGUUCACAUAUCGUUUUGUAAGGAGCUAGCUAGGCCAAGCAAUAAGAAGGUAUAGAGGGAAAUGCAAGGAACACAAUUUUUAACUUCGAAGCUUUGUUUGGACUAGUUAGAAGAUGAACAUAUCAAAAGUU